UUGCCAUUUCGAAAUACAACAGAAUUUUGAUAAAAUAAAUCAUGUGGUGAGUGUCUUUCGUUAUCAUGAACGUACAUGCAUUUACCAUGUAUUCUCUUUCCAUACAACUCUGAUUGGUGAACAAAGUGCCGCACGGGACCAAAACGUUUUCCUUUAUCAAAAGCAGACACUCUUCUCCCUUGAUUUGGAAGUAUUUCAUGUAUAAAACUAAAUUGCGACCUUUAGUACGCAUUUAGUUCUUGUCACAGCACCAUGAAGUCAGUAUCGAUCCUACCCGUUUUGUACCUUGGUUUAGUUCAAGCCAAUCCCAAUUGCAUGUUGCAAUACGAGCAACUCGGGCGUUGUUAUAGCACUCAUUUGAUGCAAAGGACAGAACAUAUUCCGCCCAUUAGUCUUUGCGAUUUCCUCACUAAGGCUCUCCAAUGUGUGGACAUUCUUCGAUAUUGUGUCAGUCAGGAAGACCUGGACAAUGAAAGAGAUUCCCUAUUUGGCGUCAUGAUUCACAAUCCAGAUGUGGUGAAGUUGGAUGAUCCCAAUCGAUGCCGGAUGGUGCGAAACGGCAAAAGAAUGACCUUCACCAGCCUUUGCUCGUUUGAAGAAGCGAAACUACCCCAUCAAAGAACAAAAAAGUGCAUGGCCAGUGUUUUGGAAAAGUUCUUUAGAACUCAUCGGCAUUCGGUGCUUGGAUUGUCGGAUUCUCAUCAAUGUGAUCUUCUGAAGGACGCGUGGGGUUGCAUUGACAGUUUUCUUCAAGAAUGCGCUUCGACGGAAAAAGAACGAAUCACUUACCGGAAUUCGAACCUAAAAUCAUUUAUCGAAACGGUUCGAAAUCAAGGCUACGAUUUGAAUCCUCGAAAUCUAAAGAACUGCCACCUUCUUGUUUGAUUAUGAAUUUUAAGUAGCUAUUGGAAAUACAAAAUAAGCUAAUAGUAUAACAACUCCAACGCUUGAAGAUAUUUCCUUUCCUCAUGUUCAGUGAAUAAUAACUUGGUAUCUUGACUCGAGCCCUUGUACGGUUGGGCUCGCAUUGACAGGAAAAAGUUCCAGAGUAGGUCAUUGACAGAGUAUACGACGGACAACGACCAAAAUUUCACCCACCCAUAACCUGUUCACCGGCACAAAGUUCAAGAAAACGCCUGCAUCAUACAACCAGAGUCAGGUUCUAGGCCUAGUUUGCUGCAGUGCUGAAGACGGUCUCAGUUGGUGUCUGACAGUGUUCAAGAUGAGUUUAAAACACAACGCUCUGAUUUUGUUGGUUCCUUUCCUGGUGAUCUCUUUGGCCAAGGCUUUGCCUAUGUGCGAUGAGGAGAUGGAGAAGAAAUUGAACCAUGACUUCAACAUCUGUCAAGCCCAUGCACAAUCCAAACUGAGAAACGCAAGCCUGGACAUCUGCACCUACUUUGAUGAGACGGUCAAUUAUUGUGGGAACAUUAUGGCACCUUGCCGAACGCCCGAGGUCUUGAAACAGACCAAGGAGAAUUCCCUUAGGGUGGUUAUUGGAGUCCUGAAAGUUGAAAAAACGUUCGAGUUUGAGAAUUGUUCCAUCAUCCAAGAGUAUGGUAUUGACAUUCAGUCGAAAGACGAGGGCAAGAUCAUUGACGGCCAAUGCAAUGAAGUUGCCUUCCAAGAGGCUUAUCAAAAGUUUUUCGCCUGUAAAAAGGAAUCAGAGGACAACAUGAGAGCCUUGAUGACCAAACUUUUUGAAGAGAAAGCGGAUCAAAGUGAGCGGGAUACGGUGGUGUGCAAUCACUUUCAGCACACCUUGAAUGAUUGUUUCCUUGAAGUGAAGAAAUGUACCACGUCGCGAAGGAAUUGGUUGGCUUCACGAAAGGCAUUUAUUGUUAGUGCCAAGAAAACGAAUAAAACGAAGAAGCUCGGUUUGAACCUCGACAAAUGUGAUUUUAAGCUGACCAAACACUCUCAGGAUCCAAUUGAUUUGGCGGAGGAUGAAGCAAUGGACGAAGUCGAAGUUAUGGAUGGAGAUGAUGACUAA